CAUAUUGUUUGUAUCUCCAUUCACUCACACUGUGACGCCGCGCUGAACGUGGAAGUUGUGUGCGAUGUUGUAAACUUUUGUUUUUUUUUUUCGUAUACGGACGACCACUUGUUUCUUUGCCCACCGUUUACCUGCAAGAGUUAUAAUUUUGGUUUUAAACUGUGAUCUUAUUUGUUAAACUACAAAAUAUACGUUUGAAGUAGAAGAAAACUUGUUAGUUUUAGCGUCUAGUGAAAUCUUUGUCGAGUGAGAUCCAGAUGUUAGAGCAAGCGGCAAUAACCUCGUUUUGUGUCAACAAAUAAUAAUAAACAGUGAUCGGGACAACUAACACUGUGCGUUCCGAACAAAAAGUGAUGAAUUAAAAGAUGUUCUAAACUGGAAAGCCUGGACGAGAAUGGGUUUCGUUCGCUUGUAUUGGAACGUGAAUAUUGUUACGACCUCACCUACAUAACAUUUAUGGUAACAAUAAUCUUCAAGAAUGACGUGGACGGUAUACAAAGUAGCUGCGUUAAUACUGCUCAGUGCGCUCAGCAAAGGAGAACUCCCAGAGGAUGACUUCAGGAUAAUAAAUAGACAAGAUUUGCUGACUUCGGAACACAGCGACUCAUUCGAGGACAGUACCACCGGCUCGUUUUCGCAACUGCUGUUCGAUGUAGCAAGGGACCAGGUUAUCGUGGGCGCAAGGGACGCUCUCUACCGACUAUCACUGCGAGGCCUCGGUGUUCUCGAACGCGCCGACUGGCUAGCAUCCUCAGAGAAGGUGAAGUUGUGUCAAGUUAAGGGACAGACGGAAGACGACUGUAGGAAUUAUAUCAAAGUGCUACUGCUGCAUGGACAUAAGCUGUUCGCUUGUGGAACGCAUGCUUUUAGUCCUGUUUGCAGUUGGAGAGAGAUCGAGUCAAUAAGAACAGUAACGGAAUGGGUGACGGGCGUAGCGAACUGCCCUUACAACCCUCACUCCAACGUGACUGCUAUUCUGGCCAGCAACGGAGAAUACUAUGCUGGUACCCCCACAGACUUCGCUAGCUCCGACACGGCUAUAUGCAGGAGCCAAGGCGCAGCGGCCCACGACUCCGGUAUGCUGCGUACCACACAAUAUGACCUGAACUGGUUGAACGAGCCCCAGUUUGUGGGCAGCUUCGAAGAUGAUAGCUUCGUGUAUUUCGUCUUCAGAGAGGUGGCUGUGGAGUUCAUGAAUUGCGGGAAGAUAAUCUACUCCCGCAUUGCUCGAGUCUGCAAGAACGAUCCCGGCGGCUACUUAGUAAUGAAGGAGAGUUGGAGUACAUUCCUCAAAGCUAGGCUCAAGUGCUCGGUGCCAGGAGAUGUGCCCUUCCACUAUGACGAGGUUCAGAGCGUGGAGUAUCUGCCUCAGGAGAAGAUACUGGUUGCUACGUUUACUACACCCGUGAACAGUAUAGUAGGAAGUGCAGUAUGUAUCUAUAGCAUGUCAGAUAUCCACGCGGCUUUCGAAGGGCCCUACAAGGUGCAAGACAGGCCCUCAUCCACUUGGGAACCACGGUCGCCGUCUAAGCAAGCUAGAGACCACUUCAAAUGUGUUCCUGACUCCAGACUGAACGAAGCAAUAGAGUACCACCGGUACCAUUUAAUGUACGAAUCUGUACAACCCGUCUCUGGCGAGCCCGCCUACAAAGUGACCUCAGAACGGUUCACCCACGUCACUGUCGAUGUUACCAGCGCUAAAAACAUUGACAAACAACUCGUUCUGUACGUGGCAACACAGGAGGGAAAUGUUUUGAAGUUGGCAGUACUGCCGAAGUUAGAUGGCGCCUGUUUGGUGGAGAGGUGGAAACUUAAUAAUAGGAAUAGCAGCUUUGAUGUCUUGACUAUGCAGUUUGUGAAGGAUACUAUGUCAGUAUACAUAGGCGGCAGGGCCGGCGUGUUCCGUAUAUCGGGGGCCCGCUGCUCCCGCUACACAGGCCGCUCAGGCUGCGUGCUAGCCGGGGACCCGCACUGCGGGUGGGACGAUGCCAGGGAGCAAUGCGUGUCUGCGACCGGAAGAUUAGGGGACCCGCAGUUUAAGCAGUCUACAGGGGCUUGUGCUGCUGUUGAUUCUCCAGUUGACGGCGGCUGGUCACACUGGUCGGAAUGGGAGCCAUGCAUGCAGGAUGGAACUUCACAAUCUCUAUAUGCCGACAACAAGCCUGAUAUGUGUGUGUGUCGUACACGACGAUGUGACAACCCAAGACCGGCUUAUGGCGGACAGAAUUGUGAAGGAGCUAGCAUAUCAGUAACGAACUGCACGGUCCACGGUGGCUGGUCAAGUUGGUCGGGCUGGUCGAAGUGCUCAGCAUCGUGCGGCAUCGCCAUCAAGUCCCGGCGCCGCACGUGUUCCGCCCCCGAGCCCAAGUUCGGGGGCCGAGUGUGUGUGGGGCUGGAUAUUGAUGAUGUCUACUGUAACCUGCCGCCUUGCCCUGACCCAACCCUCGCGGCAGUCGACGGGGGCUGGUCAGACUGGGGCCCGUGGUCGCCAUGCACCAGCGCCGGCGGGCCCGGCUGCGGCCCCUCGGGCGGCUGGAAGGAGCGACGGCGUGAGUGCAACAACCCCGCGCCUAAGAACGGGGGCGCCGAGUGCGAGGGGUCAAGUGUUGAGAAGACCCCCUGUGAUAUGGCCCCUUGUGAGGUCCGGAAAGCUACGGCGUGGACGCCUUGGGUGCAAAUACCUGGAAAUGGGUCGGAUGGCAGUUACACUGAAAAGAGAUUCAAGUUCCAAUGCAGAGCUCCAUCACCUGAGCAGUUAAAGUUAUCAUUGGUACGCGAGGACGAGCGCUACUGUACAGCCCGGGGCCGCUGCAGCAGCGAGCGGGCCCCGGAAGACGAAGCAGGCUGGGAGGCGUGGGGCCCGUGGCAGCCGUGCUCGGUGCCGUGCGGGGCGGGGCAGCAGGCGCGGCGGCGGCGCUGCGUGCGGCACCCGUGCCGGGGGCCCAGCGAGAUGCUGCGGGCCUGUAACACGCAUGCUUGUACUGGCGAAUGGUCAUGCUGGAGCGAGUGGAGCGAAUGCAGCGGCGAGUGCAGUGACGGCUCAGUGUCGGCGGCCGGGCACCGCACUCGCACGCGCCUGUGCGUGUCGCCGGAGGGCUGCGCCGACGCCGGCGCCGCGUUAGAACGACGCGUCUGUGUUAAUAAUUGUGCUGACUCGGAAGCAGGGUGGGGUGAGUGGGGCGCAUGGAGCCCGUGCGCGGGCGGCGAGCGAGUACGUAAGCGAGCCUGCCUCUCGGGUGCCUGUCUGGGGGCCCAACUACAGGUCGCCCGCUGCGGAGGAGACCAACAGGAUCUUGAUAAUGAACUCUACGCGAUGCCGGCUUACAGCCAAAAUGUGGAAAUGGCAUCAUUUGUAACUAUGGCUGGAAAUGAAACUCUCAGCUUAGGCAGCAUCAUAGGCUGUGUGGUAGCUGCCUUUGUCAUGGGCUGUCUAGUCUGUCUUGCUGGUGUAAUAUUCUGCCAGCGUCGAGGGACCCGCAUGCCGUGGAACAAACAGAACAGAGUGCCUUCCAGCCCGCAUUAUAUCACAGCUAAACAGAAUAGCUACGUCACUGUGCCGUUGAAGGAAGUCCCACGCAAAGCGAAACGCCAGCCCUCUUUCACUGGCAUCGGCGGCACCAGCGGGAUCCUUCUCUCCAAAAGCAACAACAUUUCCAACGCGAAUAAUCAUAACAAUGCCACGACUACCCCCAAGUUGUACCCUAAGGCCAUAGCCAAUGAGUACGACUCACUUGGAACGUUACGAAGACAUUCUAACCAGCCGAAUAAUAAGAAUAAUCUGGAUAUUGAGGAAGAUAAGUUUUAUUGAAGAAUUUAAAGGUAUGUCUUACCUAUUUUUCAGUGCCACCGCGUCUUUUGAGCAGUUGACAGCGGUCAGUUUGCAAGGUAUACAUAUGGGACCAUCCCCACUCCAAAAUUCUUGAGGAUGAUACCAUUUUUUGUACGGAAUGACAGUAUAAUAACAGUGGUUUUCAUUAACAAAUGCCUACUUUGAUGAUCGUCUUUUCUUCGGCACAAAAGUACAGACUGUAAGAGAAGUUCAGAGACAAAGUGACAAAGAAAAGUGGACAUUAUAGUAAUGAGGUUAAAGUCGAUAACGAGUAAAGCCUGUGAUAGUAAGAGAUGGAUUCUAUUUAGAUAGACGAAACAGUGUUGCUACUGUUAAUUUUUGUGUUUUUAUUUUGACAAUGUCGCAGUAUGAAUGUUUCAAGGUUAAUAUUUUUUGUGCAUUUAUUGAACUAAGGCCCAAGUUCACUGACAACAUAAAAGUUAGUUUCCUCAAAAUCACAGUUUAUCACAAAUUUUACCGCACAAGUUUCAAAGAGAAAAAGUUGGUACUUACGUUUAAUUUGGCGGUGUACUGGGGCCUCAAAUAUAUACGUAUUUCUAUAUGUAAUAAUGACAAUAUUUAUACAUACAACUGUGACGUAAACCUUGCCUUGACAAAGUACAUUUGUACGUAACUAUGUUACAUUUUGCCUUACAAAUAGUUCCUGGCAGUUAGUAUGGAAUCUCUAAAGAAUAGUUGAAUGAUUUCCCUAGUUGGUUUAAAAUUUAUUCCUGUGUACAUCAUUGUUGCAAUGUUAGAACUCUAGAUAGCAUUGUUUAUUUCUAGCAUUUCAGUAAUGAUGUUUCUGUACCGUCAAGAAUAUCCCUCCAAUUUAUUUUAUACGAUGAAAAAGGUAUGUUAGACGUAAAUGAAAUUUAAAUGUGCCUGGUAUGUUUUUGCUAUCAUUAUAUCAUUUCUGUUGGUGAAAUAAUGUUGUCGGAAUGAUUAUUAUUUUUUUUUAAUUAUGGCUAUGUUAACUAUUAUUGUUUCUAUAUUUUAUUGAAUUUUUCUAUUUUCUUUUUUUAUACAACAAACUGUGAAUGAAGUUUGCUAUAAAAAGUGAGAUGAGUGAGGUGGUAUCUUUUCUAAGAAACAAAAUUUGCUACGGGACCAACAUAAUGUCGCAGAAUAUAAUUAACUGCGAUCAAUGGCUUGAUUUUAAAUAACUCGAAAAUCUAAAUGCUUAGUUUGCAGUAAAACACGACAUAUCAACAAUGUCUGUCUUAGUUUUCUUUUGUAAAAUAUUAGUUUUUAAUAAAUAAGUAUUGUGAUUAGUCGUAGAAAACGAAUCCAGUGCCAUUCUACUAAAACAUGUAAAAAUGACCUAAUCCCUGUGUAUUUUAGUUUUUAAUUUAAAAAGAGUUUGUUUCAAAAAAGUAUGUGCCAUGUAAAUAAGUAACGUAUUUUAAUAUUAUGUAAACGUGUAAAUAAAAAUGUAGUUAUCAAAAUUAAGAAAUAUAUUUUAUAUUAAGCAGUACAAAGAGAGGUGCCUUCACAUACAAUAAAUAUAUAUUAAAAAAAUACAGAUACAUAUUUACAAUAUUGAAAUAGAUGGUUAUUUACAUAAUAUAAUUAUUAUUAUAUUUUAUGUAGAAAAUUGUACGUAAAUACAUAUGUAAAGGUUGUUGAAUGAAUUUCGACAUUUUGAACGGCUCAUGUUGAGUCAAAUAUAGAGAAAAGUGUGGGUUUGUAUGUGAAUUUUUAUACUUUUGUAUUUUAUUGUGUAAGUUAUAAAUGAGGCAAGUUUACACUUUCAUUAGGACCAGCAAACACAAAAAUAUGAAUACUUGGCUAAGCGGAUUAUUUUUUACAAAUGGCUCUAAUAAAAGUGUAAACAAAGCUUAAUAUAAGUUUAUGAAGUGUGUUUUGAGCUUAUUUUCCUAUUAAUUUUGUAUGAGAAUGGUACCAAAACAUUUUUUUUGUUGAUAUCAUGAAUGAAAUGCGAAACUGGCUAUAUCAAUUGGUCUCACUGAGGGUGUAGGGUAGGUAUGCGGAUUUUUUAUUUUGUUAUAUGUGAGUUGCUAUCUUUUUUCAAAAUUCAUUUCAAUUACAAAAUAACAUAAUUUCCAGAGGAAUUAAACAAAAUAGGGGUAUUAAAAAUAUUUGUAACAAUAUUUUACCCUAUGUGGAUUUAUUUGCCUUAAAAUAACAUUCAAUUAUUUUAGAACAUCACUUGAAAAAUGUGAACACUCAAACCCAAAGCUAUAUUCAAAAAAAACUCUUACAAUAUCUAUCAAACUCAUUGCUUAUAGCCCUCCCACGUUCACUUUCGCACUUGAAACAUUUCCACAUAACAUUAGCUAUGUGUCGCAUGAUGGAUAGGUUCUGAAGGUCAGCAAGUCUGAUGCUACUCUAAUGUUUUAUGACGUAGCCCUUUGUUUGGCAGUAGACAGCCUUGCUGUAUUGUCUAUCGAUUCGUGCCAAUGAAGAUAUCAUUAGGGAAUACUGGGUUAAGUGAAAAUUUCCGUCACAAUGAGGGCCUUGUUUAUAUUAGUUUUUUUACUGGUUUUUGUGUUUUACAUAGGUUUGAAAAUGUAACGCUCACGUAAGAAAAUCGCUCACGUAAAAAGGAGAUUCUAGACUAUCAGUGACGUCAUUUCGGUUAAGUAGCGAUUUUUUUAAAUCUUAUCAUAUUGUACACAAAAUACUUCAAACAUUUGAACCAUUUCAUUCGCAACACUAUUCAAGACCAGUGAAGAGUAUUUGGGUAACCUAUUUCAUUCCUAAUACUUACAGUCAAAACCAGUAAAGACUCCCAAAUUAAACUCCAUCCUAAAACAGUAUAUCUUUGCAAAUAGGUCCAUAUUACAAAGGGUAGGGUAUUGGUGCUAGUUCCCCAUUAACGCCAUAGUACGUGGGCUGAUGGUAAUACAAUGGGUUUCACUUAGGGCCUUCGUAAACGAUGCCAUUUCGCUCGGACCGUCCGCACUUAUAUUACACUAUCGUUCAAACUUAUUGGCGGACAUUGUUAGACUUUCUACGUUAUAUUUGCGAAAGAAUAAGUCUGUAAGACUUUUAGAAGAAAAUUAUACAGGUACAAUAUAAUUUACAUCCCUUUUCGCACGAAAAAUAAUUAUUUGACGUUAACGGUGGAUUGCACCAUUGAACUUUAACGAUAACUGAAUCAUUUUCAUUUGUCGAAUCGCCAAUUUCGGGCGGCCAAAUUGCCGGUUUCACCAAUGGGUGUCAAGUACCUACACGGCUGGUUAUGGUUUGGCUAUCAUUAUAGUUAAAUGGUGCGACUUACCCAUAUUAUGGCUUUUUCAACUAUGCUAGUUUGUGAUAAAUUCCGUAUCUAAAUAAUUAAUUCGCGGACUUAGAUAGUGACUUUCUUAGUUUUUACUAAUUUUCACAAAUAUCGUAGGAUGUCGACAAUGUGCGCUUGCUUUCAGCAAUUUUCAUCAAAAAAUUUCACCAGUAACAUUCAUUUCCAUUUCAAGUGAAAUUCAUUAUUAUUAUUAUCUACUCCAAUUAAAUUCGCAUACUGUAUAAGUUAAAUUAUUAUUUCAAGAGGCUUCUUAUCUCAAUAACUCACCGAUUCAUGUUAAAUUGUAGGAGAUUAUUGUUCUUGUGAUUUGUAAUACUUUACGCCUUAGUUAUUUCUUAUCCUAAAUGUUUAACUAUGUAAAAUGUUUAUAUAAGACGCUGUACAUUGUUAUUAAGAUAAUUACUUAAAAUAACAAUAAAGACUGUCGGAUAUUGA